UGAGGAGACGUGACGAGCACGACGCGUGCAUGCCGCUUCUGUGAAAACCUGUAGCUAAACGAUCGAGUUGAAGAUAGACAUCAUAAUCACACGAUGGCGGAGGGUAGGCCAGUCCACGAACAGUUGUCGGUAGAUAGUCAUAGGACUCGAUCACUGGAUUCCCUGGUGCUGCAAUGUCCUAUCUGUCUGGAACAGCUGAGACAACCUAAAUCUCUCCCUUGUCUACAUUCUAUUUGCCAGGAAUGCCUUGGUAGCUACAUCACAACGGAGUUGUCAGGUAAGAUGGCCUCGGCGUCUUCUUUCUCCUGUCCUGUAUGCCGUAAGGUCACCGAGCCAGUGAACCCGUCUGAAGACAAAGAAAGUUGGGCUGAACAGUUUCCUACCAACAAUCUGGCAAUUAAAAUGACUCGCCAUUUACAGAAGACGGAUGAGCCAAUAGCAUGCAAACCAUGUGCGAAGAAAGGAGACAAGAAUGUCCCGGCGAAUUUCUGGUGUAAGAUGAACAAUACUUACUUUUGUGCUGUCUGUAAAACCAACAUACAUGAUUUGUUUCAUGAAGAAUGCGAACCUGAGAACAUCACGGACGUGAACAAGUCGAUUAUGAUCCGACGGGAAACGUCGGUUACUGAAUGUGGAAAACACGAAGAGAAACUGGAGUAUUACUGUGAAGAUCAUCAGCUCCUUGGAUGCAGCAAGUGUAUAAUCGUCAAUCACCGGAAGUGUGAGUUGGUGACACCAGCAGAUGAUUUUCGGGACAAUCUGAGCAAAAACUCGAAGAUCGAUGACCUUCUGGAGGAAAUUCGAAAAUGCGUAGACGCCAUGGAGAUACUGAUAACAGAUGUCGAUGAAGAGCUUCAGUCAAUGACACAGGAUCAAGACAGUGCCGUACAAAGUUUGACAGACCUACGUAGAAAGAUCAAUGAACGGUUUGAUACUCUUCAGAAAGAGCUUACAGAAAAAUUGAUAGUGCCCUUCAAAGAGGAAAAGGAAAACUUGGAUAUAUCGAGAAAGAAGUGCGAACGGCUGAUGUUUGCUAUGCAGAAUACACUGACCUCAUCCAAGGAUGUCUCUCUGAAGGACGACACAGUGGGAACGAUCCGUCUUUUCCAGAGAGGACAGGCGGAGGUCGAGUCGUGUAAGGGACUCCUACAGGAGUUGAGAAAGUCGUCUAAAUCUACCAGUCUCAGACAUGAAUAUGACCCCAACAUACUCGCCCUGGACACCGAGACAAGUCUGACAAUGGGAAAGAUAGUCGUUCAUCAACAACAGAGGAGUCUACCAUCUACUGCUUAUAGUUCACCAUUGUCCGAAAGUCGGUUGAAAAUGAUGCGAAAGCUAAAUAUGAAAGUUCCUUCUGACAAGAACGAAUGUUCUCUGUAUGGAGUUGUUCUUCUGUCCAGUGGCCGAAUAGUUGUAUCAGACAAAGGUAAUAAAAAAGUGAAACUGUUUACAGAACACGGUGAUCUGCAAUGUGAGAUGGAAUUGACUGAGAAAUGUUGUGACCUUUGUCGUAUUGAUGACAACACUGUGGCAGUGAUGUUGAUGAACGUUAAAAUUAUAUGUGUUAUCAAUGUCGGGGAUACUAAUUUAACCAUUUCAUCAAAAAUAAAGAUUCCAAAUGUUACCGAAAGAUGUUUUGGUGUCACAUACAACAACUCAUUUGUUGUCGGAUCAUCAACAUCACUUUACAGUGUACCAAAAGACGGAGGUGAAGCUACAAAGAUUCACACAAUUGAAUCACCAUGUCUCCAUCUAGGUAGUAAUCAUCAAAGCGGACACGUCUUCGCCGGCCUCGAUGACUCAACUGCUGACAGGGUGGCAGUGACUCGACUGUCUGACGGGACUCAUACAGAUGUGCUGAAGGUCGAGGUCGUGAAGGCAACAACAGGAAUAGACGUAGACAGGGAGGGUAACGUGUACGUUUGUGGAUGUAGAUCAAACAACGUCAUACAGAUGUCCGGGGACGGAACUAACGUCAGAGAACUACUGACGUCAUCAGAUGGAAUAAAAGGACCGAGAGCCAUUUCCGUAUGGGGUGAUAAAGUUGUGAUCACAUUUCAAAACACAGACUUUAGAAACGUUGUACACGUGCUCCAACUUGUUUGAACGGUAAUGUUGUACAGACAGGUGUAUAGUUGACGUAUGACCUGAGAAAGCGGUCAUCAACCCACGAUGGAAAAGAAGGACCUAGAGCGAUUUCCAUAUGGGGAGAUAAAGCUGUGAUCACAUUUCAAAACACAGACUUUAGAAACUUUGUACACGAGUUACAACUUAUUUGAGCCGCAAUAUUGUACAGACAGGUGUAUAGAUGAUGUAUGAUCUAAAAAAAGUGGCCAUGAACAAAUUUGACCCACGAUAAAAUAAAAUUUGACCCACGAUAAAAUAAAUAUUUGAUAGGUAACAUAUGCUUGUAAAAAUAAAUUAGUUUAAAAUUAGGCACAUCUUCAUAACUCAUCUGUUGAAAGGUCGAAUAUGUUUAUAGUAUAUGUCAUGAGAAGGUUGUAUACAAAAAAUAGGAACAACAUGUUUUACUUUUGACCCUGACCUUGAGAAGCGAAUUACAUGUUUCCGGAUGGCUACUUCAUCACUACUGUACGCAGUCUAAAGACUUUGUAGGUUGGUAUGUGUAUUGUUUGAGCGUACCGGACCAAAAUUGGUCCCUUUAUAAAGACAAAUACUAUGCCUUAUAAUUUCGGAAUUUUAAGAGUUUAUAUUUUUUGCAAACACGGCAUAUAAAGACUGGAAGGAACUUGCGGUACAUUGAGUGAAACAUUUCGGGAUCCAGUACUUGGGCUUUUGAAUUAAUGACUUCUCGGCCUUAUCACCAAAGUGCGUCGAAUAAAUAAAUAUCAAUGUACACUUUCUAUUUGUUAUUCAGCAAUUUGGUUUAGAUACUCCAUGACAAUAACAAAGAAAAAAAAUAUAAAAAAAAUACUACAAAUUUACACUGUAUAUCAGCACUCCUAUAUUUUGUCUUUGAGUGAAUGACUUUUAAAUUUAAUAUUUGAAAAUAUUCCAAUCUCGGUAUGUUGGUUUUGUAGCUUAUCACUAUACUAGCAGUCACGCAAUACAUUUUACCUGUUUAUUUUACAUAUAAUGUACAAAUGUUCGAGUGGUUUCAAACGAUCGAAUGGAUUCCCGAUUAUGUCAAUUCAUUGUUUGAUAAUGUACCAAAUCCUAACGAUACAUGUAUUUAUUACAUUUUUACCAGUGAAACAGAAAAUUAUUCUUUCUAUGAAGUGAUAUUUGAAGAAGCCUGUUAUACAUUCUUGUUCAAAAAAUGACAGAAACACAUCCAUGUUGUUAGUUUCAAAACAUAUGUACUCACCCACCCUUGCAUAUUCGUUUUAUAUAGUGACAACAUGUUCAUGAAUCACCUUUACACCAGAUAUACAUCUGUAGCGGAACUGGACCGUGUCGACCAUUGGCGACCAGGUAGCUCAAUCGGUAGAGCAUUCGGCUAGUGUUCGGAGGUCCCGGGUUCGAACCCCGGUCUGGCCGUGCAUUUUUUCACUCCUACUACACAUCAACACUCCAUAGCAAUAAAUGCCCCUGUGCGUACAUUCACCCUCCAUGAUGAUUAACCUUCGAUAUAGUGACACCAGGUACAGGCUGUAGAUACAUCCAGCCACUCCUACAGUGGUACAGAAGACGGACAUUCAUAUGCUUUAUAUAUGUUGUUUUGUUUUGAAUGGAGUUCUGUUGGAGUAUUUUCAAUUGUUAAAUGAAAGUUAUGUUGAAUUGGAUGCUGUGUUAAACGGAAUUCUUUUUAAUUGUACAUCAUAUUGAACAGAUAUGUGUUGAAUUGUAAAUGUAUUGAAUGGAAUUAUGUCGAAUUAAAUAGAAUGUGUUUUAUUACA